GGCAUGCUGGGGGACGGAGAUUUCCAUCAUGGCGGCUUCCAUCUCGGGCUACACCUUCAGCGCUGUGUGUUUCCACAGCGCCAACAGCAACGCCGACCACGAAGGCUUCUUGCUGGGGGAGGUGAGGCAGGAGGAGACGUUCAGCAUCAGCGACUCACAGAUCAGCAACACAGAGUUUCUGCAAGUGAUCGAAAUUCAUAAUCAUCAGCCUUGUUCGAAACUUUUUAGUUUCUACGACUAUGCGAGCAAAGUGAGCGAAGAGAGCCUGGACCGGAUUCUCAAGGAGCGGAGAAAGAAGGUGAUUGGCUGGUACCGCUUCCGGCGGAACACGCAGCAGCAGAUUUCCUACCGAGAGCAGGUCAUCCACAAGCAGCUCACCCGCAUCCUGGGCGUGCCCGACCUCGUCUUCCUCCUCUUCAGCUUCAUCUCCACCGCCAACAAUUCCACUCACGCGUUAGAAUACGUUCUCUUCAGACCAAAUCGAAGGUAUAAUCCCAGGAUAUCCCUCACCAUCCCCAAUCUCGGCAACACCAGCCAGCAAGAGUAUAAAGUGUCUUCAGUGCCAAAUACUUCCCAGAGUUAUGCCAAAGUCAUUAAAGAACAUGGUACUGACUUCUUUGACAAGGACGGAGUGAUGAAGGACAUCAGGGCCAUCUACCAGGUGUACAACGCGCUGCAGGAGAAAGUGCAGGCGGUGUGUGCGGACGUGGAGAAGAGCGAGCGAGUCGUCGAGUCCUGCCGAGCAGAAGUGAACAGGCUCCGGAGACAGAUCAGCCAGAGGAGGAGCGAGAAGGAGCAGGAGCCACGACUGCAGCAGGCGGCCUCGAGCAGGCCGGGGCCAGCCGAGAACGCGGAGCCGGCCUUCAGCCCUCGCAUGCCCUACCCGGGGUUCGCAGCCGAAGGCAGGAGCAGCCUGGGAGACGCAGAGGCCUCCACCCCGCCGCCCCCCUACUCCGAUUUCCACCAGAACAGCCAGGAAAGUACUGUGAGCCACGCUCGCGCGGAGACGAGCGUCUUCAUGCCCCGACCUCAGGCCGUGGGCUCGUCCAGCUACGCCUCCGCCGGUGCCGGACUCAAGUGUCCCGGGAGCGGGGCCGAGCGGCCUCCUCCCCAGAGGGCCUCUGGCGACAGCGUGGAGGGCUCCGACGACAGCGACUACGAGAACCUGAUGGGCCCCGCCCAGCCCGAGGAGAGCGAGUACUCGCAGCCCACGGAUUCUCGGGCGGCGGCUCAUCCCGCCGGGGGCCCCAGGAACACUCAGACCUCCCAGAUUUAAGGACAGGAGAAUCUCUCGACUGAGCACUGCUUUUCUCAGUUGCUGAUGGAGAGAGUGUUGUUGAGGACUCCAUCCGGGAGAAGAACUGCGUUCUCAGACGCCGGGCCGUCCUGGGCACAGACGUCGGGGGGGCCCCGUGUGCGGGGGCCCCUGCCUCGGGCCGCAGCGGGAGGUUUCCCAGCAGAAUCAUUAAGAUAAUCAAACCCUCCUAAUUCUGGUGCGAUUCAUGGAUGUACUGGUAAACCUAGCAAAUGCAACUCACCCACGUCGUUUCUGUUCUUUAAAAUAAAUCGGGAGCUAGAGACUCA